AUGGGCUCUGUGAAUUCCAGAGGCCACAAGGCGGAAGCCCGGGUGGUGAUGAUGGGCCUCGACUCGGCAGGCAAGACCACGCUCCUGUACAAACUGAAGGGCCACCAGCUGGUGGAGACGCUGCCUACCAUUGGUUUCAACGUGGAGCCUCUCAAAGCUCCUGGACAUGUGUCACUGACCCUCUGGGAUGUCGGGGGGCAGACCCAGCUUAGGGCCAGCUGGAAGGACUAUCUGGAGGGCACAGACAUCCUCGUGUAUGUGCUGGACAGCACAGAUGAAACCCGCCUGCCUGAGGCUGUGGCCGAGCUCAGGGAAAUCUUGAAUGAUCCCAACAUGGCCAGAGUCCCUUUCCUGGUGCUGGCCAACAAGCAGGAGGCACCCGAUGCUCUUCCCCUGCUGGAGAUCAAAAACAGGCUGGGCCUGGAGCGAUUCCAGGACCACUGCUGGGAGCUCCGGGCCUGCAGCGCCCUCACUGGCCAGGGACUGCCCGAGGCCCUGCAGAGCCUGCGGAGCCUCCUGAGAUCCCGCCGCUGCCGGUGUCUCCAGGUGAGAGCUGGUGGGGCCAGGAGUGGGGAGAACAAGACCUCUUGA